AUGGCUAUCUCUGUCCAUGGUCCACCCGUUGUUCGAACGAGCUCUUCCUUCGCAGGGCGAGAGAGGUAUGAAAGCGGCGAGAACGGUGCUCCGGCCUCGAAGAGUCAGGCAUCAGCCAUGACUUUCGGUCAGCAUACAGGCCCACAGUCACCGACGGAAGCGGCUUCCCUUCAUCCCAGACCGCAGUCGCCACCGCUUGCGAGGAUCGAGGAGCCACACACUUCGGGCAGCUGCAUGGACGAGCCUCGCUGCAUGUUUGUCGCCAACUGCGAUACCGGCUCUCAGUUACGAAAGGCCAUAUCCCACCUGUUCGGUCGCAACAAGUCGUGCACGCUCAAGAUCCCCAAGGAGGUAUGGGUGUAUUACUGUAGGAAACACUACCAGAGGAUUCGAUACCGCAACGCCAGGACGUACCCGAGCAAUCAAAUGGAGCUCGUGAAAGUACAGAUCGUUAGACUGCAGACAUGGAGCGAGACCAACAAGUUGAAAGGGAAGGGACCUUUUAUCAGGCAAUGGACCUUGUCUCUCCGGAAACGCGAGCAGAGCCGCCUCGAAAACGGAAAGGGUGCACAAGCACUGAACGAUGGCCAUGACGACCACUCCAUAGGUCAGGGAGGCAGCGCAGUCCCUGUCUGGCUCAUUCAACUGGUCGGUGACGGUUACACGACCAACAAGAUGCUUGAUAUUGCCGAACGUCUUCACAAAGAGAUUGCUGCAGGCAGCUUGAGCCAAGUUCCCGAAAUUGAGUUUCUCCCUGACAUUGUCGACGACGAAGCGGGAGGCUUGCCAAAACCUGCACGAAAUCGCAGACAGAACUCUGCCAACGGUGCGCUAAAAACGCCGAAGCGUAAAGCUCCCGAGCUUCCGGAUCUCACGAGGCGGGCCUCCCACAGCGUCGUGUUCCCAGAUAGAAGGGAAGAAGUCGAUGAAGACGGCACUGAUCUCGUCAGCCCCUUCGGUAAACGCGCCCGGAUAGAGGGGACGAACGACACACAGUAUCACCAUCAGCCUUCCGGUGGAACAUUUGCGCGCUCUGAACAGGCCUACGUGCUGCCCGCUUACGGUGGAGAGAGCUCUGUUCCACCCCGGGCACCGAAUAUCGUACCUAAGAUGCGACCGCUCGAGUACAACCAGAGUUAUGUUCAAGCAGGAUACGUUCAGUCGCGUAUGGGGCAAUACCCUCUUCCAUUCCACACUGGACAAUCCGACAGCGCGUACUACAAUGGCGCCCAAGCCGCCUACGCGCAGAAUGCGGCUCGCUUCGUCGAUGGACACGGAAGCAUCGAUUCCCAGUUGACUCUUCCUUCCAUCAGUUCCCGCAUGUCCAACGGAGUUGGACUGCACCACUCCCCGCUACCGAGUCAAGCACCUGGUGCCACUCGACAACCACACCAGCGAUCUGCCAGUGCUUACACUCCAGCCAGUCGGCAUGUACUGGCCACGACGCGUCCCUCUAGUUCAGGGAACGGUAUUCAAACAGCGCCGGGCCAGCUGACAGUUAAGGAGAGCGGGGGGGUCGUCUACGAAGUGGAAACGCAAAGCGGCCAGGCUCUUGCCGAAGAGCAGUGGGCGACGCAGCCGUACAAUCACGUUCAAGGCUGGACGCAGGAUUAUAGUCAAGCGUUUGCAUUACAGCAUCAUACUUACCAUCAGUCGGCCGAAUGUAGCCAAUCCCCUCGUCUGGACGAGGUGAGCCCACGGUCCAAGUCGACGAUCAAGGUGCACCCCGCAUUCAACGGAGGCGACGACGGUGCAUGA